AAAUAAAAUAAUCUUUCUUAGAGCUUGAGGAAACAUACUUGGCAAGUUUUGUGAACCUGAAGGUUUUGCAGAAGUAUCCUUGAUGUUCCAGAAAAAGAACGUAGAAGGACUGGAAGAUUACCAUCCAGGUCCAAGGACGUAUUCAUAAAGUCUCAGGAAGACAGGAGAGCUUUAACUCUCGCUCCCUGGCCAUGCAAGCCCAAAAGAAGAUCCUGAGCAAGAUGGCGACCAUGGCGGUGGCCAACAUGCUCACGGACGACACCAGCAGUGAGAUCCUGGACGAGCUUUACAAAGCGACCCGGGAGUUCACCAAGAGCAAGAAGGAAGCGCACAAGAUCAUCAAGGACGUGAUCAAGAUUGCCCUGAAGAUUGGCAUCUUGUACCGCAACCACCAGUUCAGUCCCGACGAGCUGGACACCGUGGAGCGCUUCAAGAAGAAGAUGAACCAGGCGGCCAUGACGGCGGUGUCGUUUUACGAGGUGGAAUAUACCUUUGACAGGAAUAUCCUGGCGGAGCUCCUGCUGGAGUGCAGGGACCUGCUUCACACCCUGGUGGAGGGGCACCUGACCGCGCGCUCACACGCACGCAUCGACCACGUUUUCAACCAUUUUUCCAACGGGGAUUUCCUGGCGGAGCUGUACGGGGACGGAGAGGAGUACAGACUCUCUCUAAGGAAGAUCUGCAACGGCAUCAACAAACUGCUGGACGAAGGAACGCUUUAACCUCUCACACCUCCGCUGCUCCUUCUCUACUCGCUCCUCUCCCUGCCGGUGUCUCCUGCCUCCCGUUUCUUUUUCACCUGCCACUCCUGACAGCAAACACCCUGCCUCUUCCUUAUGUCUCUCGUCUUCCUGUUUCUUCCCCAUCCAUUUACAUGGAGGUUGUUGUAACAUCCUGCUACUGUGGGCUAGUAAGGGAUUUCUUGUUUCAUCCCCUCUCCCCCUUUUAGACUGUCUCUCCCCUCAGUGGAUCAUUGCUGCAAACCAGGACACCGUGUUUCACAAUAUACGCAUUAUACAUUCCUUUUGUGUGCUAAAGUUGUACUGUACCAACAGCCAAAUGAAAUACUGUAGUAGAGUGGAUUUGGAAGAUAAUCAGUGGUAGUAAUCAGUCUCUGUGUACUCUGAGUGUGUUCAAAAGUACGCGAUGCGCUUGAGUAACGUUGCGUACUGUGUCAUGGUAUGUUUGUUAUGAGUCCGUGUCAAUCUUCUCAAAAAGGGUGAUAACACUUGUCUUUUAUUAAAGAUUUCUUUGAAUCAA